ACUUCUAACCGUUCAGUCGAUUUUCUGAAUCAGAAGCUACGAAAUUGUCUUUCGAUCGCUGACUUCUGUAUACACAUUAAUCUCCAUACCACAUAUAGUGCCCUAACAUCGAUGAUGCUCUGGUCAAUCUCAGCAGUGUUCCUCCUGCUGGCUCUUGGUCCUGGCUCCGAGGCCCAGGACACUGUUUCGCCGAUGUGCCGCCCGGAUGAGCUGUGCACCUCGGUGAGGCGGUGCGAGGAAUCCGACGACUCCGGCCGAAAGGGCAUUGGACCGCGGAUUGGCCGCUUCUGCGGCACCGGAAGGAUCUGCUGCGAGAAGGCGCAGCUGGACAGCUGGGACAUGCAGGGAUCAAUGCCGCUGUCGUCGUUGAACACCCUGGUAGACCCAAUCCGGAACAAGGCUUUCAAAACUUUGGAGCCACCGCCGAACGAAAGUUGCGGCGUGAACAUGGAGUGUGUGCCCAGGAAACUGUGCCGCGACAACGUCAUCAACGACUCCGGGAUCAGCCUGAUCAAUCCCAGGAUCAGCUCGAUUCCGUGCAGCAGGUCCUUGUACCGCUGCUGUGCUGUGGACCAGCAGGUGGACGAAAGCCAGAGUCCGUAUGUGCAGAAGGAGGCCAGCUUUAAGUACAAGAACUGCGGCUACAGCAAUCCGCAGGGCCUAAUACCCGACAACGACAAGUUCAACUACACGAACGAUGUCGCUCUUUUCGGCCAGUUUCCAUGGAUGGUGGGCAUCUUCACUGGGCGGCAGGACUUUCUCUGCGGUGGCACCCUGAUCCAUCCCCGUUUGGUGGUCACCUCGUCGCACAACCUGGUCAACGACACGAAGGACACCUUGGUGGCCAGGGCCGGCGACUGGGAUCUGAACAGCCUGAACGAGCCGCAUCCGCACCAGAGCAGACGCAUCGAGGAGAUCAUCAUGCAUCCGGAAUUCGAUCCGGAAUCGCUGUUCAACGACAUAGCCCUCCUGCUGCUGGACGAGCCCAUCCAGCUCGCUCCGCACAUCCAGCCGCUGUGCCUGCCGCCGCCGGAAACGCCGGAGAGGUCGCGUGAGCUGACUUCGGCCACCUGCUUUGCCACCGGCUGGGGCGCCAAGUCGGCCAACAACGACAAACUGGAGCACGUGCUCAAGCGGAUCAACCUGCCGGUUGUGGACCACGACGAGUGCCAGGCGACGCUGCGAACGACGCGCCUAGAGAGUCGCUUCCGGCUGCGCCCGAGCUUCCUCUGCGCCGGCGGCAGUGAUGGCCAGGACACGUGCAAGGGAGACGGAGGAUCGCCACUGUUCUGCACGAUGCCCGGUCAGACCGAUCGAUACCAACUGGUCGGCAUCGUGUCCUGGGGCGUGGACUGUGCCACCGUGGGCAUUCCGGCCGUGUACGCCAAUGUGCCGUAUCUGCGCAACUGGAUCGACGAGAAGAUCCAGGGACUACAUAUCGACAUGCAGGCGCCGUAGACUUAAACACAACUACACAAAAGAAUAAAAUAAAUGUACACAUUUUUGCAACAUCUAA